AUGGCGAUAACUACUUGGCUAAGAGUUGUUCGAGAAGUUCUUAAUAAUUUUGGAAGAUUUGAUUAUAAAUUAUGGGGAAUUUUAAUAUUAUUAACCAUAAUUGUUGAUAUAAUAUGUAGAAAUGAUUUUGGUGGAAUAGGAAAUCUUUAUCAAUAUAUAAAACAUGAAGUUUCGAAUCCUCCCGUAUUACCGGAUUUAACGGAUCUAACGGAUUUAACGGAUUUAAGUGAAUUAGAAUUACCAUCAACUUCUUCAUUUGACAGUAAUAAUAAUCAAAUUAAAAUAUCAAUAAAUAAUAGAUAA